AUGGACGGCCCCCGUUGGACAGAGGAGGUGGACGACCUCGUCGACACCGGGGACGUCGACGGCGCCAUCGCCCUGCUCGAGUCCGUCGUCUCCAACCUCUCCACCUCCGCCGCAGCCGCUCCCCCAGCCGCCGACCUCCGCCUCGCCACGGCGCUCGGCGACCUCGCGGGCCUGCACGCCUCCCGCGGCAACACCCUCCGCGCCGACGAGCUCCGCGCCCGCGCCAUCGUCCUCCGAUCCCGCGCCGCAGCCCCCGGGACCCUAGGGGAUAAGGAGCCUUCAGAGAAAUGUUCAUCACAAGAGGGUGCGAUGGGUUUGAAGGACUCUCAAGGCUCAGCUAAUACUGAUGAUAAAAACAAUGAAGAUGAAGAGGAUGAUUGGGAGUCUAUUGCAGAUAGCGGUGCACUUGAUGACACACUAGCGCGCUCCCUUGAGCAAGAAGCUAGAGUACCUUCCUGUGGCUCUUCAGAGAGAAGUGGCACCCCAUCUUCAGGGCCCAAAAGGAGGGGUAGGGGCUCAUUUCUUUACAAUAAGAGUGUUCUGUACAGUGACCAGUGUGGUUCGGAAAGAGAUUUGGAUGACAAAGAGUCUAGUCCUCAGGGUGGAUCUGGAUCAAAGGGCCAUGUGAAUGAGCGGGAGAACAAUGCUGUUACAGCUGCCGCACAGUUUGGGACAAGGCAUGUCCUUAUUUUAUAUGACUUUUCACCGAGCACACGCACAACAGAUCUGGAAAGGAUUUUUGAGAAGUUUGGGGAUCAUGGAGUUGCCAUUCGUUGGGUUAAUGAUACUUCAGCACUUGCUGUUUUUCGGACUCCAUCAGCUGCUAUUGAGGCUCAGGCUUGCAUACCUCCAAGAUACAAAGUGCGGUCACUGAAAGGGGAUGAUGAUCUAUUGGCAAAAAUAGAUGGUAAAGACUUAGAACCGCCCAAGCCAAGACCAAAGACAUCUGCAAGAACAGCUCAAAGGCUAAUUGCUCAUGGAAUGGGAUUGAAGCAGUUUACAAACUUUGGAACCGAUGAGCUGAAGAAACAGGAGGAAGAGAGAAAGAACAGAAUUGCUGCUCGACAAUCUAUGCGUGAUGAGGCUUGGGGUUCGGACUGA